AACAUUUAUUUCAUUAGUGGAUUGAGUAAAACAAUGGAAGGAUAAAUAGUCACACAAACUGGAUUGAAACUCUUGACCUCAUAGUAAAAGGGAGAUAAUAGGUGUGAGAGAGUUGCCACAAAAUCUACUCAAUCCACCAGCUGUCCUGUCCACAUGGAUUAUGUGCAUGUUGUGGAUUGGGCCAGCCUAUCCAUCCAAGUCCAACCGUCGGUCCAUCAAUCCCCUUCAUAUCGUCUCAACAAGAAGAGAAAAAACUAGUGGAUGCUAAUAAUCCAACUCUGAACUCCCUCUAUCUCUUCUCUUCAGCAAAUCCAAUCCAACCUGCAUCUUCAUUCAUUCUUCCACCCACCCAUCUCCCUAACCCAACAACUCCUCAGAUUUAGCAGCCUCCACCCAGCAAAAUGGCGGCCGGCAGCCGGGGAUUCCUCAAGCUCUCUUUUCUCAUUUAUCUCAUCUCCAUCGCCAACACCUUUGGCGUGGCCGCCGCCGCCGGGCAGUGGGAUAUCUUGGCGAAGAAGAGUGGUGGCGCCGGCGGUAAUACUGGAGGAUCCCUGGCCGAGUUCCCGCCAAGCUGCAACCGGAUAGAGUGCCCCGGCUACAGCGUCGUGGAAAGUGGGAACGGAUACGAGAUUCGUCGCUAUAACUCGUCGGUUUGGAUUACCACUCUUCCGAUUCAGGAUAUCUCCCUCGUCGACGCCACCAGAACCGGCUUCCUCUUGCUGUUCGAUUACAUCCAAGGCAAGAACGGGUACGGGCAGAGCAUCGAAAUGACAGCCCCAGUCGUGACCGACGUCCUCCCCAGCGACGGCCCCUUCUGCGAGUCAUCCUUCACCGUCAGCUUCUACGUCCCGGCCAAGAACCAGCCCGACCCACCGCCGGCAGAGGGGCUCCACGUCCAGCGGUGGGCCACCACGUACGUGGCGGUGAGGCAGUUCAGCGGGUUCGUGGCCGACUACGAUGUGGGCGUGGAGGCCGCCACGUUGCAGGCCAGCCUGGCCGACACCAAAUGGGCCGACCCCGUCGCCAAAGGCCCUGCUGCUGCCGGGAAGAUCCAGUAUAGCGUGGCCCAGUACAACUCGCCGUUCGAGUUCUCCGGUCGGGUGAAUGAGAUAUGGUUCUCGUUUCAGAUGUAAUUAAUCUGGCCGCCCGGUAAAAUGCCUGAUUAUAAGACAUUAGCAAAUAAUGGAAAUUCGGACCCACGCGGCCGGUGCUUUCAACAUGGACGGCUCCACUCCAUGCAUUGUUGACGACAUUAUUACUAGCUACUAUACAAUAUAAUGAAUGUGUGCAUGUAGCUUGCCUCCGUUCCGUUGUUGGUAGGUAGUUAUAAGAAGAAAAUAUAAUGGCUAGCUGGUUAUGCAAUUUUGAUCAGGAUGUUAUGACUCUUAUAUAUAACGAUGAAGUUGUGUUGAUGUGGUGUGUUAUUUGCUUGUUCGUCUUUGUCACUCAACUUUAUUACAUGCAUGUGGUACUUUGAGGUCAACCCGGGUGCUUCUUCAUCAUUUGUGUUGUGACAGACCAAAUUAAUUAAGUUUAUUAGUUCUAGGGAUACAUACACUCGGCUAGAUGAGCAACUUGGAUUGAUUCUCCUAGCUAGAAAGAACAAUCGGUUUUGGAAUGAGGGCAGGCACUUUAUACACAUUACUAUAAGUCUCUUAAUUAAUCUAUCGAGAAGUGCCAAAGUAAUAAUUAAUUGUUUGUAUUUCAGUUCCUGCCGAUAGAUUCAUUAUUACGUACUUACAUUCUACUGAUCAUCAAUAGUAAACUCAAACACCUAAUAUCGUUGCUAAUAUAUAACAAAGGGCAUCAUUAGACAGCUCGUAACCGAUUACGAUCUUUCGUCGAUUCAAAGUUCAUUACUUCAAAGCUUAUUUAUUUGGCAUGUGGGUCAUCUUUGUAUAGAGCUCAAUCUCGGCCCCAAAAAAUUGCAUGUAGUUGAAGAGCUCAAUGGAUCCAAGUAUGGACUUAUGGUCAAUACCGGCCAACCAAUUUUACAAUUGAAGCAUUUCAUGUUAAUUGGGUGCUUGACGUAUGCAUUGCUUUGCAUACGAUCAGAUAUCGCAUAUGCGGUUGAACAAUUGUGUCAUUAUAUGUGUAAUCCUAGUCCUCAUCAUUUGGCAUUGAAUGAGGAGCGUACAAGGAUAUCUCCAAGGCACAAUGCAUUAUGCAUUGACUUAUAGUGGAUUUCCGUCAAUUUUGGAAGGACAUACUUAUGCUGGCUGGAUUUUUGCCUAAACCAACAUCACAAAUUACUAUCUUUUGUCAUAGUAAUGUUAUUCUAAGGCAUAUAGUCAUGUGUAGAAUUACAAUUUUCGUCAUGUGCAAGUUAGACAAGAUAAAAUUCAUGAAUUGAUCACUCAUGGAGUUGUGUCCGGACUUGAGAUAAUUUAGUUGAUCAUUUGACGAAUGAUUAACUAGUGAAUAGUGAUUGGUGGUCAAGUAUGUGAAAGGAGUGAGUUUAAAGUUCAUAUAAUUUCUGAUCAUGGGAUAUCCAAUUCCCCUCUAAUACGUUAGAGGUUGAAUUGGAUGUGGAAGCUCAUUAAUUAUUAGAAUUGAAGCACACAAUUUGUCAUCUCGCGGAAUGUGUUUGUUAUAUCCUACAUGAGAUAAGAAGAUGAAGUUUAAAACUUCUUAAUUGAAGCUUCACAAAGUGUAUUAUGCUGGUACACGAAUAAAAGAUUCAACAUACGUAAGCAUUAAAUGGAAACUGCUUCAAGAAACCCAGACUUCGGUUUCGUGUGCGCUUAUGAGAAGGAUUGGAAACAUGGCGAGUAAUAGUGUCAAAGUCACUUAGAAGUUUGUGAAACUUAAGUGUAUUAUUUUUGAAUCUCAUAUGAGUAGAUGGGUUCAAUGUUUACCAACACCCAAAUAUUCGGACAUUUGUCAAGUGUAAUAUACUAAGAUGAAAAUUCAAUUGUCACGACAUUUUCAUUUAUGCUUAAGUUUUGUAGGAAAAGUGUAAUUUUAGUGAAUUCAUUUAAUACACUAAAAGGGGGAGGAUUGUUAGAAAUUUGGUUUAACCGAACUAACCGAAUCAAAGCGGUUUGGGAUUGGACUGACUAAACUAGUUUUGGGUUAUACUAACCAAAUCAAAUAUUCUAAAUCCAUAAAGGGACACAUCCUCU